UGGUACACCAACUAUAAUACACAACGACCUGGAAAACAAAUAUUUGCCAAGUACAUAGCAUGGAGGACACGUUUUCCAAAUCAGGAUUUCUACCUUAUCCAUCCCAAGUCAUUAUGGAAUGCUUGGGAUGUUGUGGAAUAUUUCAACACAGGAAAACCAAUCAGGAAAAUAGUUCCAUCUUCAGGAUUUACAGGUAUUACAAUGAUGCUUGGUAUGUGUGACACAGUCAGUAUAUAUGGAUUUGCAAACAAAUUGAAUAAUCAAUGUCAUUACCAUUAUGAAAAGAACUGUCCCACUUUCCGAUGGCAUCCAAUCUCAGAAAAACAACUCAUAAGAUCAUUGCAUGAAGGAUCAGAAGAUGAUCUGCAACGAGACGUAUUGACU